UCAUAACAGGUUUUUAAGUGCAUGUCAAGGAGCAGUGAGUGGAUUAUCUCUGACAGUGAGCCAUCCGUCAACAUCACACCUAGAGCUCAGCUGCUUAUCAAACCGUAGAAGCAAACAAUCCAACAAAAAGAUUUCUCUGCUAAGAUGUCAAACUCGGGAGGUCGGAGACUGAAGCAGUGGCUGAUGGAGCAGAUCCAAAGUGCGCAAUACUCAGGACUCCAGUGGGAGGAUGAAAGCCGCACCAUGUUCCGAAUUCCGUGGAAACAUGCAGGGAAACAAGAUUACAACCAAGAAGUAGACGCAUCCAUUUUUAAGGCCUGGGCUGUGUUUAAAGGCAAGUUUAAGGAGGGGGACAAAGCUGAACCCGCAACAUGGAAGACCAGACUCCGCUGUGCCCUGAAUAAAAGUCCUGACUUUGAGGAGGUGACCGAGAGGUCACAGCUGGACAUCUCUGAGCCCUACAAGGUGUAUCGCAUUGUACCCGAAGAAGAGCAGAAAAAUGGCAAAAGCUCAGUGAUGGCCAUGGCAGCCACCAGCAGCUCUGGAGAUAUGACAGACAUGGACUGCAGCCCUGCUGAAUUAGAAGACUUUAUUAAAGAGGAGGAAGGCUGCGGCAUCCAGGCCAGUCCAGAAUACUGGUCCCAGAGCAGCAUCAAUGCUUUCCCGUUGCAUCAGGACCCUUUACCAUCAGGCACUCUCAGCUCAGCUUUCUCCCAGAUGAUGAUCAGUUUCUACUACGGAGGAAAGCUGAUGAACACCACGCUGGUAACUCAUCCUGAAGGUUGCAGGAUUUCCCCACAGCAGCACCUGGCUCGCAGCGCCCUCUACAGCUCAGACAGCAUGCAGAGUGUCCACUUUCCCACCCCCGAGCUCAUCGAGUACGAGCGGCAGCGCUAUGUCACGCGCAAGCUCCUGGGCCACCUGGAGAGAGGUGUAUUGGUCCGUGCGAACCAAGAUGGCAUCUUCAUCAAGAGGCUGUGCCAGAGUCGUGUUUUCUGGAGCGGCCUGGGAGAGGUGGGCUCGCAAUACAGCCCCAUGCCUGGCAAACUUGAGAGGGAUGCCGUGGUGAAGAUUUUUGACACAGGAAGGUUUUUUCAAGCUCUGCAGCUGUAUCAGGAGGGUCAUAUUCCCGCUCCUGAUCCAACAGUGACUCUGUGUUUUGGAGAGGAGCUCAAUGAUCACAGCAGCGCCAAGAACAAACUGAUCAUUGUGCAGAUCACUGUGGUAAACUGCCAGCACCUGCUGGAAACGAUGAACAUGCGUCGCUCCCAGCCUUACUGCAACAACCCAAACCCGGAGAUGGCUGAUGAGGUGGCCAGUGACCAGAUGGCUCGCAUCUACCAGGACUUGUGCAGCUACAGCGCUCCUCAGAGGCCAGCCUGCUACAGGGACAACAUGCCCAUCACUGCCUGAACUGUGAGCAGUAACCACACCCGACAGGAGCGCUGCAGCUUGUAAUACACGUACAAAAUAUUAGGGACAUUUCUUAAAUUUCUGACACUGACGAGGUGAUUUUACUGACAAAAAAGUAGUACAGCUGAAACUCAACAUUAGCAUGUCCCUGAUAUUUUGUAUGUUUUUACUUUUGUGUACAGACGGGACGUAGAACUGUGUCCAAACAUCUGCUUUUUCAUUAUUGUUAUCAUGCGUCUCAGUAAACAAGCGGUACAUCAUGUUCAUAUCUUACAAACACCCCGAGUCAGAACAAAUCUAUCAUAGCAAUAUAGAGCCUUACUCAAAUCCUCUCUGCACUAUGACAACAGUUUGACAUACGUUUAGUUCUCAGUUUUACUUGUUUUUGAGUUUUCUUCCAUGUGUGACAACCAUUUGAAUAAAACAGACCAGGUGGACAUUUUAUCAGAUACUUUUCUGACAGAUUUUUUUAUAUGAGUUGACAGAAAUUGCAUCGACUUUUAGAUGCAAUGCGAUGUUAAAUGACAGAUAGGUUUUACUAUCAGACUUUUUACAUGUAAAGACCUUUUUGACAUCAUGUUUUGUAAACGGCAUUUGAAAUAAAAAGUUUUUACUGAACUUCA